AUGUGGUUUAUUUCACUCAUUAGUUACGUAGCGAUUGUGAUACAAAUAAUUUUCGUAACAAUAGCAAUAGCGGCAGGACUGUAUUAUUUAGCAGAAUUGGUGGAAGAAUACACAACUAUAGCGAAAAAGAUCAUUUGGUGGAUGAAUUUGGUAACUUUAACGCUGUAUAUACUAUUAUGGACGUUCGAAAACUUCCCGAUUUCGAUGAUAGGUUGCGGAGUAGCGGCUCAAUUAAUACAUUUCGUGAUAUUAAGAAGUUUUCCAUUCGUUUCGUUUCUAUCGAUAGAAUUCGUAACGACCGUUCUGUUUAUCAUUAUCAAUCAUUAUUUAGCUUUUAGCUACUUCUCGUCGGUUUAUUACAACUUUUCCGAGGUAAUAGCUUAUUUCACGAUAUUCCUGUGGCUGGUGCCGUUCGCUUUGUUCGUAUCUUUAUCGGCGAACGAUAACGUAUUACCGACUAGCAUAGACGGAAGAGACACCGACGUGGUUUCGAAUUACUUUUCGAAGAGGACCAAAAAACUCGGACUGCUGUCGUUCUUCAACUACGCCAAAGAAUCUUUGCUGCCCGUCAGAACUAAAAAGGGAUUUUGA